AGUCAUCAUCAUUAACAACAGCACCCUGGACAUUCUGUGAAAUGUCUUCUUUCAUGUCCAACCGAAAAAUGAAAGCCAUACAGGAACGACAUGAGGAUUAUACUGAAGUCAAUCAGUUCAUGGUAUUAAUAGCAGUGGGAGGAACCAAAUUGCUUUUGAAAGGAAGUUUUUCAGGUUUCAUGCUGACUGGUGCUAAUCUGCUAGAUUUGAGGGUCUGGAAUUGCAUUCGUAUAGUUACAAAGGAACAAAGAAGAAUUAUGGAGAGGAAGUGACGGAGGAGAACAAUGAACAGAGAGGGUUGGAUGGACAGAUUGGAGAGGAGUGUAAAUGACAGUGGGAGAGGAGCUGGAAGCAGAAGAUGCCACGCUGGGAGAUACAUGUACCAUGAGGAGCACAGGAGAGCUACGCUAAAGACAGACGGGAGAAAACAGUUCACCUGGACACAUUUCACAGGUCACGCUGAGCCCAUGCGGUGGUCCAUGCUAGCCCUGCUGCUCUUGUCCUGCAGCCAGAUGUUUGCCCAGCGCCCAGGUGACAUCUGUCCCCAAAACGCAGACCGCGGACAGGAUGAUGUCACGGCCAUCCCUGUGCCGACCGUGGAUCCUAAACUCUUCAACAAGAGACGCUACCGCUCACCCCGCGUCCUGUUCAGCGAACAACCCCCCGACUCACAGCCAGCCGGGCACCAGACGAGGAGCAGGACGAAGAGAAAAGCAGGAGCGCCUCAACACCGCGGAGUUUACUCUGUCUGCGAGAGCGUUAGCGCUUGGGAAGGAAAUAAAACCAAAGCUACAGACAUCUCGGGCAAUGAGGUCACCGUCUUGCCUGAUGUAAUCAUCAACAACUCCAAGAAAAAGCAAUACUUUUUUGAGACCACCUGCAGCAGUGGGCGGACUGGAGGAUCCGGGUGUUUGGGGAUCGAUGCACGCCAUUGGAACUCGUACUGUACUAAUUCGCACACGUUCGUGCGAGCGCUGACUUCUUUCAAGAACCUUGUGGCGUGGAGACUCAUACGGAUCAAUGUAGCUUGUGUGUGCGUGCUGAGCCGAAAGUCUUGGAGACAAUGACAAACUGGCUGCUUUUUUAGGCCAGUGCCGGCCUUAUGAUAUCAAACUCGAUAUUCCUCCAUGUGAUGGUGGACAUUUUCCUUGUGCAAACCAUUAAUGACAACACAAGACAUAAAGCAGACCGUCUAAGGAGAAUAACUAUGAUGUGUUUUUGUCACUACAAUGGAAUGAGUUGGACUUUUUUCAAGGUUCUUUUUUUUAAGCAUUUCUGUCUUUUUAAAAUGUCUUCUUUUGCAGCAGUAUGAGAACAUGUACAUACGUUGUUGUGUGGUAAUUGUUAUUUAUUAAACCGCAUUAUUAUUGUCUAGUUUAUCUUGUGCGUAUCAGGAGACAAGGUUAUUUUAAAGCAACAUUGUGAGUAAAUUCAACAAGUCUGUCAUCAUUUACUCAUACUUGAAAACCUCAGUCUCUGUUCAUUGUAAUUGCAUUGAACUUUCAUCUUUUUUUGUUCUGUAGAAGAAAAAAUAAAGU